AUGGCUGACGCCCAAGCUGUGAUAACAUAUCAUCUUCUAAAAUCCAAUCUCGGUGCAGGAGUUCUUCUAUACUUAUCAGCCGCUUGCAUUCGGCUACUACCACCACCAAAUUUUUCAGUGUCCACGGUGCUCGCUAAGAUCUUCUGUAUCUCAGUGAGCCACCAAUACUGCUGGGACAUCGUUAACCAGCUUACCUCGGUUGAUGAAGACCGGAUCAACAAGCCUAAAAGACCCAUCCCAGCCGGCCGUCUCACUGUUAUAGGAGCCAAAUGGAGAUGGUUUAUCAGUUGGACUAUCUCUCCUGCUAUCUGCUACACCCUUCUUGGCGGCGAAGCUUUGGUGAUGUUUCUCUUGUCUGAAGCUUUGAUCUACAUAUGCUACGUAUGGCCCAGACUUGAUCACUGGGCAUCCCGAAACACUUUCCCAGCCCUUUGGACAUUCCUCUCAUUCCGCCUUUUGAACAGUGUCAUCUGCAAAACCUACCCACAACUGUCCGCACAGCCAAAGGUGGACGUGAUUCUCUCGCUAUGGGUCCUCGGAACUAUUCACAUUCAGGAGUUCCAUGAUAUCGAUGGAGAUCGCAAGAUAAAGCGCAGAACACUUCCUGUGCUUUGUUCAAGUGCUCCUUCUAUGAAGAUGCUGAGGGGCAUCACGGCUGGCCUGAUUGCUGCUAGCGGGUCGGUUGUGGUCCUGUGGGGAUGGAUACAGUGCCUUGGGCCUUUCGGCUUGAUGAGUGCUGGCCUGGUGCUUACGGGAAUGUUCCAUCUCCUUGGUGCGUUGGCUGUUGGUGUUCGUUGUGUUUUUGCCACGUCGGUGGGUAUGGAUGAGAGAACCUAUAAAUCGGAAGUGAUAACGCGGGGAAAAAAGCACUCUUUCCUCAUCAGUUGGUCUCAGAAAUCAUCGAAUACUGCUGUUUUAAGUGGCUUCUCCUUCCCCGCACUAAGCAACGCUGUGAUGGCGCCUCGCCCUGCUCUCGUUGCGCACGUAUGUUUUGCACUUCUAGUUCACUGGGUGCCAAUAUCCGCUGACCAACUAGGUCUGGGCCACAUCUGUGAGCCUCAAAAGCCCGGAAGACCUGCAUCUGAAGUCCCGUCGCUAGCUUAUCGCCGACCUAGGGCUUCCCGAUCGCGCGGUGGAUGUACGUCCUGCAAGGCGCGGGAGCAGUCUCCGUCACUAGUCCUCGCCUCUCCGCAGCCGUCGCCUACGUCUCCCUCUUCCGAACCUGCUCACGAACCCAUCCUAUCUUCCGUUUCGGAUCCAGUCUCAGAGAUCGGUCCGAUCUCCCCUUCCGAGAAUCUGUUAUCAUCCGUUAGCGAUGAUCUACUAUCUCCAUUCUCGCCCCUCUGGAUCGAUGUGGAGAUGAUCCUCGGGCCCAUCCAGUCUCCAGAUGGCGCAUUCAAUCCACAUCUCCACAAUGACGACGAUCGUAGUCUAUUCAAUCACUAUGUACAUAUCGUCUCACGAGCACUAUCGCGUUCCACGACUACUGACUCCACGCCCAACCCGUUCCUAGCCACCUUGCUACCCAUGGCCGCCGCAUCGGAGACGCUAACCAGCGUCAUGCUGGGCCUUAGCGGCUGUCACUGGCGGCGCAUCUAUCCCCAAAUUUGGGACCGUGCCCUAGCGCGUCAAGGUAAAGCCUUAGCACAAGUGAGCAACCUACUCCGUCGACCGAACCAAAACCGCCAAUCUUUCCUCGAGGCCUGCGCCACCAUUCUCCUGCUCUGCCUCACAGAACUUUUCGAAGGCACCUCUCGCGUCUGGAAAUGGCAUCUCAAAGCGGCAGGAAAUCUUCUCAGCACUGCAGCAGCUGCCACCGAUCUGCACCGCCUAACAUCAACCCCAGAAGGAACCUUCUGCCUCCAACUCUUCCACUACCUCGACGCCAUGUCCACUAUAUCCCGAUGUAAACCUCCGUUAUUACGUGCAGUUCCGCUCGGAGACAACUCCAUCUCCGGAAUUCCUCCCCCCUUACUAGAAUACCUCGGCCGGGUCAACCUCCUCGCUGCCCACCGCAGCCGACGCGUCGACGACCUCGCCGAGAUCGGGUUCCGAACAGCCGCUGCGCACGUGCGCGCCCAGCUCGAUGCCUGGCGUCUUGAGUACGAUGCGACCAACACUGUUUUAACAAACAGCGACGCAGACAGAGCAACAACAGCCUUCGAAUGGGCGAUCCGGUUGCGACUACAUCAGAUCGUGGACGGAUAUGAUCCGCACCAUGCGGACGUGGAGAAUGCCCUCUCUCACAUUAUGACCGCUGUGCUGGCGAUUCCUUAUGGUAGUCCCGUGGAGGGUAGCCUGCUGUUUCCGUUAGUGAUCGCCGGCGCUAGUUGUAGGGAUAAUAUGGAGCGGAGGAUGAUUGUUAAGGAGCGGUUGAUGGUGAUGGAGAAUACGUUGGGGUUUGGACAUAUUUCGCAUGCGAGACGGUUGCUGGAGACGGUGUGGGCUGAUGAGGGCGGAGAUGGGAAUUGGGCGAGAAUAAGAUAUAGUUCGUUUCCUGGGGUGGUGUUUGUUUAGUAGUUGGUUAGUAGUCAUGUGGUGCUUCUGUUAAU